AUGCCGUACCUAGGACUCACGUCUAUCGAUCCAUUCGGAAUACUUUCCACUAGCCAAAAGUCUACAACAUUACCUUCUAAUGCCCAUGAUUUACCUCGCGAAAUAUCUCAACAAGCUUGGAGAUUGAAAGAAUGGAUCUCCUACCCAUUCACUGUUUUCAACAACCGGGAGGAGUUCGACGAAAAGAUCAGAGAAAAGCUAAAACAUGAGUUCAUGGCAACUAUCUGUGAAGUCUGGACUGAUGCCAGACUAUCGACUGGGAUAUUUGCUUUACAGAGUUUGUCAAGUCUAAGGAAAAGGAGAAGUACUUUGGAGAAUCGGCUGGAAUCCAGGAGACGGAGCAUGCGUCAAUGUAAAAAGAAGACGGAAUGA